AAAAUAUAAGCGCUGUUCUACCGCAGCAGGCUGUACCACGGGUUUCUCCAUCGUUUCCAAUUUUCUGUUAGCGGUAUUGCGGAGCAUUACCAAAAUUUCUUCAAAUAUUAAUUAAUAUUCCGUUUGAUUGAGAAUUUUCAGUAUUUCUUAUUAAUUUAUAAAUUCAUAAUGGCCAAAUGGGGUGAAGGAGAUCCGCGAUGGAUUGUUGAGGAACGCCCAGACGCCACUAACGUUAACAACUGGCAUUGGACGGAAAAAAAUGCAUGCCAAUGGUCAAAAGACAAACUUAAUGCCUUAUUAGUUGGUAUGAUAUUGGAAAAUGAUGUAGCUAAAUGUGAGAUUUCAAAGAUUGAAAGUUGUGAAGGAGAAGCUGUUGCAAAUAAUAGAAAAGGCAAACUCAUAUUCUUCUAUGAGUGGGAUUUAACUUUAAGUUGGAAAGGGCAAUUAAGUGGUGCUACCAAAGAGAUAGAGGGCACAAUUAACAUACCAAAUUUAAGUGAAGAAAAUAGUGUAGCUGAAAUUGAGAUAAAUAUUUCAUUGAAAGAACCUUCUAAUGAAGCAACUAUAGUUAAAGAUUUUCUUUACCACCAAGGGCGUAGUAAAAUCAGAGAUCAGCUAGAAAAAUAUAUAAAGGAUCUAAAAGAAGAAUUUUCAAAAGGCAUGAUUUUGCCCAAAAGAGAUAUUGACAAUUCUUCUAAACCAAAAUUAUUGUCGAAAGAAUCAUUGAAAAAUG